AAUGAAGGGAUAAGCUCUCUGAGUCUCGGACAGCUUAAAGGGCGGGCACCUCAGGGCUCAGACUGGCAUCAAAACCCUAGCUUUUAACCGAGGCACCUUCCGGCUCGUGCCAAAACCCUAGCUUUUUCUCUAGAAUCUCUCGUUCCCUACUGCAAUGACUUUGGCCAUCUUUUCCAGGGAAGGCCUUACAGCGUAAUUCCUUCUUUGUUCGGAAGAAAUUUCUAGGGUUUCUGUAGUUUUCAACUGAUUUACGGUAACUGCAUUUGGUUUCACUGCUAAAGAUGGCUUCUUGGAAGAGGAACUACCUGCUUCUUCGUCUCUGAUUAAGGGAAAGAGAUCACUGAAUCUAUAGAAAUUAGUGACAAGGCAUACCGCUCCAUCCAAACUCCACUCCAGCCUUGAAAUCAAAGCUUUUUUACAUCAAAAAAUGCAAUCGAAAUCUCGAAUCCAUGCUGAUCCACCUCUCCACAAUGAUCAAUUUGAUCGGAUCCCAGACUCCCUUGUCCUCCUAAUCCUUAACAAGGUCGCUGAUGUUCGCGCCCUUGGUCGCUGCUCUGCUGUCUCAAAAAGAUUCAAUUUCCUUGUUCCUCAUGUCCAUGAUGUCUACGUCAAGAUCGACCGCGUUGUAACCGUGGAUGGUGAUCCCUCAGAUGAAUCCCUAAACCUCGCAUCCCCGAAGCCUCGCAACCUCUUCUCCCACCUCUUUAAGCUCAUGCUCCUCACCAUCUUGAAACCCUUCCAACAUCUCCGAAACACAAGCAGCGGAAACAAACCCCUUCUCCCUCAGCUUUCACAUCAUUCCCCUGCCCAAGUCCUCAAGAACUUCACCCAAAUUCGCAACCUCCAGAUUGAACUCCCCGCCGGCGAUGUCGGCACCGAGGAUGGAGUGCUCCUCAGAUGGCGGGCUGAGUUUGGGAGCACGCUUCAGAAUUGUGUGAUUCUAGGAGGAACUCCUAUUGAUCGAAAGAGUAAUGUUAUUGAUCAGGAUCCAUUGCCUGUGGCUGAAGAAAAUGGGAGCAUACCCGAGUCAUUCUACUCCAAUGGUGGGCUAAAGCUGCGAGUCGUUUGGACAAUUAGCUCCUUAAUUGCAGCUUCAACAAGACAUUAUCUCCUUCGGCCGAUCAUUAAGAACCACCCAACACUGAGAACCUUGGUUCUGACUGAUUCUGAUGGGCAGGGCACACUGAGCAUGGGCACCGAGCAGCUGAGGGAGUUUAGGGAGAAGCCAUUAGCAGCUUCAGCUUCGACUAAUCGGACUCAAGUUCCAGCAUCGAAUAUGAAGCUGAGGUAUGCACCAUACCUCGAGCUUCCUGAAGGUAUAGGGAUGCAAGGAGCAACUUUGGUGGCGAUUAGGCCUUCAGGUGAGGGAAGCGGCGGUGGCGGCGGUGGGAAUAAUGGCAAUGGCAGGAAGGAAGCUGAGAACUUUCUGAAUGGCUCAUUCGAUGGUCCUUUCAGAGCUGCCGUGAAGAUGCUUGUGAAGCGCAAGACUUACCUCUUAGAGAUGAAUGGAUUCUAAAUCUUCCAGAAUUUUGUUUUGGAACAGAAGAUGGUCAUUUACAGCUUCAAUAGGUGGAGCAUCUAUUCCAACCUUUAUCACAAAUAAAUAUUUCUUUGCUUCACUUUUAUGUGUACAGGAAUAAAAUGUUGAAUCUUUAACUUAUAUGAGGUAGAUGAAGCAUGGAAUCUAUAAGUGAUUUUACUUGGCUUUGAGUACAUGGUGGGUUGCUGUUUUAAUGCAGUGCUUUAUCAUUUCUAGUAAGAAGAUCUAGCAGAUUUGUGUC